AUGCAGAACAGUGGCCCGGCGGAGGACCUGAAGACCACCGUGAUGCAGCUGCGUGAGACCGUGCUGCAACAGAAAGAGACCAUUAUGAACCACAAGGAGACGAUCAGGGAACUUAAGUCCAAACUGAGCCGGUGUGAGAGUCAGAGCGCGCCGGUGGCAGAGGGAGCGCGGCGCCCGGGGGGGAAGAACACUAUGGGAGACGUGUCCCGAGGCACCACAGAGACCCUCACCCAACUGGGACAAACCCUACAGACCCUCAAGCAGCGGCUGGAGAAUCUAGAGAACUACAGCCGCGGGAACAACAGCUCUGCGCAGGCGAACAGCCUCAAAGACCUGCUGCAGAACAAGAUCGACGACAUGGAGAAGCAGGUGCUGUCCCGGGUCAACACUCUGGAGGAGGGCAAGGGCUUCAGGAACGAAUCCGAUCAGCGCAACCGCGUGGAGUCCACUCUUACGUCUCUGCACCACCGCAUCACGGACCUGGAGAAAGGUAAAGACGGCAGACCCAGUGAGAAGUUCCAGUUGACGUUCCCACUAAGAACCAACUACAUGUACGCCAAAGCCAAGAGGAGCCUGCCGGAGAUGUACUCCUUCAGCGUGUGUCUGUGGAUCAAGUCCAACGCCUCUCCAGGAGUGGGCACACCCUUCUCCUACGCUGUCCCAGGACAGUCCAACGAGCUGGUUCUGAUCGAGUGGGGAAACAACCCAAUGGAGAUCCUCAUUAAUGACAAGGUUGCCAAGCUGCCAUUUCUAAUCAACGACGGUAAAUGGCAUCACCUUUGCAUCACAUGGACCACUCGGGAUGGAGUGUGGGAGGCUUUCCAGGACGGGGUGAUGAGGGGGAACGGAGAGAACCUGGCUCCGUACCAUCCCAUCAAACCGGAGGGAGUGCUCGUCCUGGGACAAGAGCAGGACACAUUAGGCGGCGGCUUCGAUGCGACACAAGCCUACGUGGGAGAACUGGCGAACCUAAACAUCUGGAACCGGAAGCUGACGGUGGCGGAGAUCUACAACUUGGCCACAUGCAACAGCAAAGCACCAGCAGGGAACGUCUUCUCCUGGUCAGAAAGCAACAUCGAGAUCUUCGGCGGAGCGACAAAAUGGACAUUCGAGCCGUGCCGUUCGAACAACUGA